AUGUAUUUGAAUAAUUCAAACAAUGUAACAUCCAAGAAAAGAAUACGGGUGGCUUGUGAUACUUGCCGUCGUAAAAAGAUUAAGUGUGAUGGUCAGUAUCCGUGUGGAAAUUGUCAACAGUUAAAUGGAUCAGGAUGCAAUUAUAAGGAAAAACAAGAGAAAAUAGUGAAGCCUUCGAGUAUUCCUAAUCGUAUAUCUAAUGCAAAGACGAUAGAGAUCCUUGAUACAAGGCUAUCUAAGCUUGAAAAUGUUAUACUAAAUCUUGCAGAAAGACUCGAGCCAAGAGGCGACAGGAACCAAAAUAAGAAACAGAACAGUAGAUUGGUAAAAAGAUUUGAGCCAAGAGGCGACAGGAACCAAAAUAAGAAACAGAACAGUAGAUUGGUAAAGGAAAAUGGAAGACAAAGCAAUGACGAAGAAAGCGAUGAUGGCGAUUCAAUUUCUAUUGAUUAUGGUGACGAAUAUGAAGCGGAACAAGACGAAGAAGGAGAAGAAGCAGGAUAUGAUAAAGAAAGAUUGAACGAGAAAGAAAGGAACCGGGAAAGCGAGCCUGAAGAGGAUAGAGACAAGAGUAAUAAAAAAUGGAACUACACCCCCCAGCGAUUAGAACAGUUUUUUGGUACUCAUUCAAUUCUUUGCCUUUUUUCAGAUAAGAGCUUAGGUUGGAUUGAAAGUGCUUUGGGACCGGAAGACUCGCGCUUAAUCAAUCCGAUCCGGAAUUUACCAUUUGUAUUUUAUAUGAAGACGAAAUCAUUCAUACUGAAAUGGGUUGAUCCACCUUUAAUAGAUGCCGCAAAGAAGAAGAAACUAUUGGAAGCUCCUUUGCCUAAAGAUUAUCGCUUAGUAUUUGAUUUAUUGGAUAAUUAUUAUGAUCCUUAUGGUGCAACGAGUUUUAUAUGUGAUAUCGAUUGGGUAAGGAGUUUAUUUGAGAUAUACUAUGGAAUCGAUGGAAAGAAACGCAGAAAGUUCAAAUGUUCGGAAUUAAUAAUCAUGAGUAUGGUAAUUUGUUUAUGCAUAUUUAGUAAAAUCGAUGAAGACACUUCAGGCCUGAAUAUGUCGCCUGCUUCAAGCUGUUCGGCUAAUACCCCAGUAAACAUUCAGUCCAUGAACAAUGACCAAUUGACGGUGCUCCAGGAGGAGUUAUUUGAUAACUGUGUGUUUUAUUAUCAUAGGAUUCUGGUUAUAAAUGACGGUAUAGAAACGAUUCAGGCGAUCAUUUUAUUAGUCAUUUAUAUCGAAUCUAGUUACAUCAUAUCUCAUGUGAGUUAUAUGCUUAUUUCUGUUGCGAUCAGGUUUGCACAAGAAAUUGGAUUACAUCGAGAAGAAUCAUACGCUAAUUUAUCAGCUCAAGAAUGCGAGACGAGAAAAAUGAUAUGGUGGUGCUGCUACUGUUUUGACAUGGAAAUUUGUUUUAGAAGUGGAAAACCUCCCCUUAUAAAUGGAUUAGAUAUUAGCAUUAAUUUAGAAAAAGAUUUUCUCUUUGCUAACGCUGUUGGCAUAGAGAGUUCCAACCUUAGUAAGAAUGAAAAGCUAAACUAUUUAAACCAUAAGAAAAGAUCGAAUGCGCAAAUGCAAUAUUAUUACUUGUUGUUGACAAGAAUUAGAGCGAAAAGUUACAACAGUCUUUUCGUUGCGUCAGCCCAAACAGAAUCAUUUGAAAAAUUACUGUUCACGUUGGAAUCGUUAAAUAGGGAGAUAUCAAAACUCGGAGACUCAAUGGGGUCACUAAUGAGACCAAGAUUUUACAAUGACCCGGAAUUUCAUAAUAUAUAUCGACAAUUCGAGGCCCCAAAUUUGAAGGAUAUUUUAAUUUUGAACUUUAUAUAUUUUUCACAUUUGAUGAUUAUAAACAGAAUUCCAUUUUUGAUUGGAAUACCAGAUUGUGAUGAAACUUUUGAAAAAGGUCUUUCAUUUAGAAAUAGAUUUCUUGACAGUGCUAGAACAAUCCUUGUCAUAGCAAAGAAUAUGCCACGUGAAAAUAUCGGUAUUUCGCUCUACAACUGGCUUGUCUUUUUUCCUUCUGCUGCAUUCAUGAGUUUGCUGGCAGCUUGUAUUAACCAUCCUACGGCCCCAGGGACGUAUGAUGAUGUAAACUUAUUAAUAGACAGUUCCAUGAAUUUUUUUUCAAUUAAGAAGGCCUGGCCCGUGGAAGGAUUUAGUAGAUUCAAGGUAUAUCAAUCUAAAGAAGCGUUGGUCCAUUUAAUUAGUAAAAUAUUAUUAAAAAUUGUGAUAAGAGUGUUUGAGACUAAGACGGGUAUACAGAUUUUAGCGAACAAUGAAUUGUUGAGAGAGCAUUUAGAGAGCACAGAAAGACAAUUCCCUGAUAUAUUCAAAGAGAAUAGAGAUUUUAGUUCACAAUUCGCUUCAGUAUUGAAGGGAUCCUCAUUUGGGACUCAAGGCUUCAUUAAAAUUGGUGGAAGUUCUCCGUUCACUUCGGUUAAGUCUUUUAAUAGGAGUCCUAAUUCUUCAUCAUCGCAAGAAGGUAAUUCUUCCUUCGGUCACCAAAAUAAUCGUGGAAUAGGACGUAAUGGAAAUCAAAGUUACGAAUUCUCAAACAAUGUGAGCCCUAAUUUAUCUAAUCCCUUAAACUUGAAUUCUAGUACAAACGGUAAUCUUAUGAAUGAUGAACUGCUUCCAGAUUACAUUAACGAUGAUGGCCUUUCGUCAAUUAUAAAUUUCCAGAUGAACAGCCUACCUAAUUUUUUCUUCGAUAAUAAUUUGGGAUUAUAA